AUUUAUUUGAUUUUGCCAUGACGUGUCAUUGGGCUCACGAAGGCCAGACUCAUUCCUCCGUUGAUGUCACGCGUGCCGUAUUAUCGUGUCCAUUUACUCACAGUUGAGCCACGACAACUCGAAAGAACGGGAAACUUGAACGCUGGCCGUCAGACUCGCCGACCAAUAUUCGUCCUCCAAGUGUAUAAAGACAGCUUAAAAGUUGGCAUAAAGGCAUCAAACACCACUCGCCUGGUUUUGAACCUCCUCAUCUGAACAGCAUGCACGCUUCAUUCUUCGCCGCCAGACUCGUCGUGCUUGCUGCCAUUGCCUUAGUUGUUUCUGCUCAGAGUCUCCUUCCCGAGAAUUGUGACCGUAGUGUAACUCUGGCGGCAGUCAACAGCAAAGUCAUUGACCGCGGAUGCGAUAAUUUGGCUAUCGGAGAAGUUUUAUGCCUUGGAAUCAAAGGCCAGGAUUGCAAGGUUACCCAGGUUUUGAAGGGCGGCGAAACGUGCCAUGACAUUGCCAAAGCGGCUGGUAUUACGGAAAAGACGUUGCUCGCGAACAACCCGAACUUAGGCUCCGACUGUAGCAAGUAUACUGGGGAGUUAGAGCGCCUCACGGAUCUCGCAUAUGGACUGAUUGCACAAUUGUCCGGCGGACCCAUCACGGUCAAACUUGUCCUGUCGCAAUCAGCACGUGAUUGUGCUAUGUUUAUAUACCCGGUACCGCAGCAAAUUGUGUUUUGA